AGUGCAUGGUUUCAGGCUGGACAUCUGUCGCUUGUGAGCUUUUUUUUUUCUAGGUCGGGUCUCUGGGUUAUUGAAUGGAGCCAGUGACCUGUCAGUCUUGACUGAUAGGACCCCGUGUGUGGGAAAAUCCCGCUGCCAAAGAGUUGAAGCAUUCACAUGCUAAUUGCGCCCGAUAAAUAAGAGGGCCGUGCCGCGCCGAGGGCCCUAGAGACGCGCUGAGAUUCGGAGAGGAGGCACAAGCGCACAGACACCCGAGAAGAAACAUGACUGCUUCAUCCAUGGCGCACGACGUGGGGAAUCCUAGUGCCAAGGAGGAGAGGAAGCUGAGAAAGCCGCUCAUUGAGAGGAAACGACGAGAGAGGAUAAACAAUUGUUUGGAUCAGCUGAAAGAAACUGUGAUCGGUGCGUUCAGACUUGAUCAAUCUAAACUGGAAAAGGCAGAUAUUCUAGAGAUGACGGUGAAACAUCUGCAAAACAUCCAGAGUAAUAAACUCAACGAUCCCACAUUAGGCCUGGAGGCCCAACAGAAGUACAGCACCGGGUACAUCCAGUGCAUGCACGAGGUCCACAACAUGCUGCUCACCUGUGACUGGAUGGACAAAACUUUGGGCUCCCGCCUGCUCAACCACCUCCUCAAGUCCCUGCCCAGGUCCACCGAGCCCACGCCCACAUGUGAUGUCCCUCUUCAGACCAGCCAAGGCACGGGACUCCCCGGUACACCCCUCAGAGGAGACCCCCGUGCUGGGAGGCAACUCCAGAGAGAAGGGCCCUCCUGCCAUGUGGCUGGGCACCUAGAGAGGCCAGGACUCCACAGCUCCCACCUGGGGAUGCUGGAGAUGUGGAGGCCCUGGUGAACAGGUGGAUUAAUGAUGUUGGUUAUUCAUUUUGUUAGACCAUCCUCUGUUAUGUAUCUUAUAGAUAUGCUGCUCAGAAGACAAACGUGGGGCAGUUUUUGUUCCGGUGAUUAUUAUUGUAGGUGUGCUAUAAUGAUUCUAUACAGACCUUUUCUCAGUACUUCCCUUCAGAAGUCGACUUCUUGUAGCCUGCAUUAUAGAAGGCUCUUAUUAAUCUUUCAUGUAUUUAUUGUAUUAACAGCUUUAUUUAUUUGAUAUUAUAAGGCGUGACUUUGCUUCUUAGACCACUUGCUUGGCAUUGAUUUGUAUGUCUUCCUCCUUUGCUGUAUGAUUAACCCAAACAUUAAU